AACACGGUCAACCACGGUGUGCCGUGAUGGUCAACAAGAGUCAACAUCACAACAUCAAAUUAUGCCGAAUCUGUCAACGGUCAAAACAUCUCUGAUCGUGCUGAAUACGUGCUGUGUCAUCUGCGGUAUCUGGUUGGCGAUCUUCAGCCUGAUCAUGAUGUACAAAUAUUCCGACCUGAUCCACCUGGUCGGGCGGGAUAGCCUGCCGGCCAAUGCGAUGAAGCUGGCCCUGGUGCUGGGUUGGGCCAUGGUUGCAACCGGAUUCUACGGUAUCCACGGUGUCAUACGAAAGUCGUUCUCGUUGAUGGUGCUGUACAUAGUUCUGCUGAUGGCAUUGAUCACCUUCCAAUCGGCGAUGGCGGCAGUACUGUUCGGGAGAAAUGACGGAGUUCCGAAUCGAGAAAUGAGAAGGUUUGAGCGAACAUUUGAUCAAGUUUUGAAAAGCGGGACGUUCAGCGAGCGGAUCGAGCAGUUCCAAACAGAUCACCGCUGCUGUGGGAAAUGGUCUUUCCAAGAUUGGACCACCUAUGGUGGACGGGUUCCAACAUCGUGCUGUGUCGCAGGAUUAGACCAAAAUUGCAGGGCAUUUGUAGAUGGAUGCUUGCAAAUAUUGGAAAAUUACAUUCGCCAUACAACGAAAAGCCUUGGAGUAGGCCUCAUAGUGCUUGCUACUGUCGACUUCGUAGCUUUACUGUUUGCCAGUUGCUUCGCCAAUGGGAUCAAGAAUGAAUCGAAUUAAUUAUGCGGAAAUGUACCCUUCAUAUAAAAUUGAUAGCUUUGUCAUUUGUGUUGAAUUAAAUACAACGCUCAAUAGCUGC